CUGACGAAAGUUAAAAGCUACUCGCUAAACAAACCUACAAACGCCUUUACUGAAGUGUACACCAGCUUAUCAGUUGGAAUUAUUUUUUUAAGAAUCGACUUCGAGAUUGUUUAUAACUUCAACUUUCACUUUCGAUAACUAAACUCAGAAUUGUGAAAGAUAUUGUCCAUCGGAAUCUCGGAUCAGCUGUGACUGUUCUUAGAAUUAGGUUAUUUGAUGCUGGAUUUUCGGCGCCAAUAUUUGAUGAGGAAAAUGAAAAUCUGCACUUCUCAUCGAUUACAACUCCUUUACUUUGUUUUGUGAUUUGAAAUCAGCAUGAAGUUGAAAGAAAAAUACUGAGCAUUUUAAUUCCUUCAGAAGGCUUUGCUAGCAAUCUGGUAACAAUGAACAGAUACUUGCUUUUGAUUUUAUUGACGUCAUGGUCACUAUUAGUCACCAAUUCACACCAAUGUGACUCCGGUGAAGCCAAACCCAACAGCGAGCUGAGUGUGCCAAGGUCACUGAUGGCUAACGCAGACGUUGCUGUUUUGAAGAAGUACGAAGUUCAGUCUGUGAAAAAGUGCCUAGAAGAUUGCUGUGUGAAAAAAUUCGGUAACUGCAAUGUGGCUAGCUACCGAAAUAACGCUACCAAGGAAAAUUGCCUUCAUUUCUAUUGCCUACCCUCAAGUAAAUGUGAGUUUGUGUCUUCCACUUCCACUGACUCUUUCUUGUUCGCGUCUGCUCUCCUCACUUCACACCCUGUGCCUUCCAGCCACAACCUCACGAUCAAAUCGAACUCGACUCAAGUUCCAUUGAAACCAAAACUUGUGAAGCAACCAGCACCUGUGAUGCAACAGCAGCUUUUCGACCAUGAACUUGUAAAGGAAAAGAUCGCGACAUUCUCUGGCGAAGAACUGACAUUGAAAAACGACAACACUACUAUAAAACCUCGCAAAGGUGUGGAGGACUUUAUGCCGGAGGACGUGUUCGAAAACAGUACAGCAACUCGCUCCAGUAUCAAACCUAGAAAAGGUGUGACCAUGGAAGAUGUUCCUCAUCAGGAAUAUCUUACAAAAAAUGCCAAAUCAAAGGUGAAACCUCGAAAAGGUGUUGAGCCUUAUGACGAAUUAGAUUCAUUAACAUCUUCGAGUGUACAAAUCUCUCCAUCUGUGUCGAACGCAGGAUUUAAAUUUCAUGCAUCUUCUGUGAAAUUCAAUAGCAAAGACAAUGUUUUAUCAAAUGAAAUGUUUUCUGCUCUUGAAAAAGUCUUUGAAGAUGACACACGGAUUUCUACCACAUCUGCUACUUCUAAACAACAUAUGAAAACUGUUGAUAUUAGCCCGACUAAUGCGCGAACUUUUACCGAAACAGCAACAUCAGCAAUUUUUCAUCCCUCAUUUACAACACAACUUACGACAUCGUUCGCAAUUUCAAGUUCUAUCUUACAUCAUGACUUUACAGAACAAAGUUCAAAACAUACUCCUGUAUUACAUACUACGUCAUCGAAGAUGGCAACUACUAAGUACGUUGAUUACAAUUUAGUACCUACCUUGACGCCUGUUGCUGCGAAUACACAGCCAGUACUCCUCACAGAAUCUUUUGAGAAAAUGUCUGAGGACUUUGAGACGCUGGAUGAUGUCGAAGAAGCGGAGAAUGAAAAGAAAUACAAGUCUUCCAUGCAUUUGGUUCUUUCCCUUGUUUUCGGCCUGUUAGUUCUUUUCGCUGUUUUGGGGGUUGUUGCCAAAAGAAUAUAUGACGGUUGGUUGAGAAGACAUUACCGUCGAAUGGACUUUCUGAUUGACGGAAUGUAUAAUGGCUACGGUUAAAGUGACUUGCAGCAAGCUGUGUUUUGCUUCAGUGCCGAAAACAGACAUUCUGAUGUUAGUGAUUUUAUUGUACAUACCUUUGCCUUCAGCCAUAGGGACCAAAUUUCUUGUGGAAAACUUAUUGAUUAAAGUGAUAUAGAAAGUGUUCUCAAAAGAAUGCGUUGAUCUGGGAUUAAUAUGCCUACUUAGUCUCAUCCGAAUUUUUUUUUAAAAAUCAUGGAAUUCCGACUGAAGAAAUUAUUUAGCGUUUUAUGUAAGACUAUAACGCGAUAUAUUUUAUUGACGAAAUGUAACGUUCUUAAAUCUGUAAAUUUGUCGGCUCUACCAAAUGUUAUUUGAAAGUGAUAAUCAAACAGAAGUGCCGAAUCACAAAUACGUAAUUUUGUAAAAAUUGUUUAGCAACAUCUUCAGUGUUUUUCGUAUUUUUGUCAGGUAUGGAUUUUGUUUCUUUAAUCAUAUUUAUGU